UCCGUUGGGAAGCAUUCUUCUUCUCUGGUUUGUUUUUACAUCCGUAGAUACUAGGAUAACAGCACAGGAAAUCGACUGUAAAAAAAACCUUUUUGUGGUUUUCCACACUAACUUUAAACAUCUUUAAAAAAUGUCUUCUCCGCUGCUCCUCAGAGCCUUUGUAAACGAGAGACUGACAGCUGCUGCCGACGAGAUAUUUCACUGUUUUGAACGAACAAUCUUGAAAUAUGAAGAAGAAGCUUCGAGCUCUAAAGAGGAAAUCGAGCGUCUGAGAGGUCUGCUGCUGGAGUUUGUAUCAAACACAAACCACAAAACAGUAUCCUCUCAGUCGCCAAUGUGUAAAGAGGAAUCUUCCCCUGAGCACCAACAAUGUGAGCAGGAGGCAGGCACCAGCUUCUCUCAGGAGGAACCAGAACUCCUGCACAUAAAAGAGGAAGAAGAUGAACUGUGGGCCGAUCAGCAACAACAACAAGAAGAGGAAGAGGAUGUGGAGUUUGAGGAUGUGGAUGCCUCAUACCUACCUCAUUCAUCUGUCUGUGAACAAAAUGAGGAUGAGGACACAGAAUCUCAGACUGAAAACAGUGAUUAUGACGAGAAGUUUAAGGAUAAAAAUGAACAUGUAAUGUUACAUCACCCUCAAUUUUCAGAAACUCUGAUCCAAAAUGAGGGAGUCCAACAUGGUAUGGAAAAUGGAAGACCUGCUCCCUCAAACCAAGCACACACAGACCAAACUUCCUCUAUCGCUUCCAGAGAAACCACUGAAUUAAAUCAGUAUCUCGGGUGCUGUUUGUGCGAUAGAUCUUUUACUUCCAAUUAUCACUUGACAAAUCAUGCUUUUCGCAUACAUUCAAGGAUAACAGACGUCAUCUGCGCUGUGUGUGGAAAGACCAUGGAGUCCAACCAAAGCCUUAACCUGCACCUUAGAUCACACAAGGGCUCAAGGUGUUGUCACGUGUGUGGCAAACAGUGCAACAGCAGCACCGUAAUGAGCGAACACAUGGCGAGCCACGCCGGGGUGAAACUGCAUCGCUGCCAAAUUUGCGGGAAAGAGUGCAGCCGGAAGGGAGACUUAAAGAUACACAUGAGGAUCCACACGGGCGAGAAACCUUUCUGCUGCUCACACUGUGAUAAAAGUUUCACCCACAGCGGGCAUCUGAAGAAACACAUGAGGAGCCACACGGGAGAGAGGCCGCACCGCUGCGACGUCUGCGGCAGAGGAUUUCUGCAGAGUGCACACCUGAAGUACCACAUGGGGACUCACACUCAGAAAUAUUAAAUGUAUCCACCUGGGUCUGUGUUUGUCGGAAGUUUAUUUGCUGAGCGUGAACAUCAGGAGACAUUUAUCAAGCAUGUUACGUCUCUUACUGUAAAUGUUAAAGUAACAUUUAAGAGCAGCUCUUAAGAUAUAACGUAAUUAAUAAACGCAGAAUUUGCCAACCUGAAGUAUUUUUUUACUCCUUACAUUUUACUGAGAUAUCUUUUUUAUUUAAUUCUCCCCAUUAUAAUAUUCUCCCCCUAGUAUUUUAUCAUUGGAGUUUCGCCCUUUCAUGUUUGCUAGAAGUAUCAGGAGUAUAACGGAAACAUAUUUUGCUGUUAUUGCAACUAAUAUCACUGCUGUUAACAUCGAGAAAAUAAACUGUGUCACUACUUA